CGAGUCCAACAUCGGAUUUUUGAGUAUAAAUUGGCUGGCACUCUACAACUAACGCAUCAUUUAGUCCACCACCUAAAGACAGACACCACCUGCAAAGAUGUUCCGCUUCCUCCUUGUUGCCUCGGCUUUGAUUGCCUGCGCCUAUGCAGUGAGUGACGAGUCCUACGCAGUCGGAAAUAGCAGAAGCGAAAUAAACCCUGAUGGCAGCUACAGCUACUCAUAUGAGACCUCCAAUGGAAUCUCUGGUCAGGAGCAAGGAGUGGGUGGUCAGGGUGCCAGCGGCUCAAACUCUUACAUUUCGCCGGAGGGUCUCCAAGUGCAGCUCUCAUACAUUGCUGACGAGAAUGGUUACCAACCACAGGGCUCGCAUUUGCCUACCCCACCACCAAUUCCAGAGGCUAUUCUGAGGGCAUUGGAAUACAUCCGUACCCACCCACAAUAUCAGGAGCCGAUAGGUAAAGGGGCUAUAAGUCCAAAACGAUCGGGUGUAUUAUUUGGUUAAGUUCACCGAAAUAAUUCAGAAUAACAUCAAGCUGAAAUAUUUUAUUUGGUGUUCGUGUGUGUUUUUAAAUAAAAGAAUGUGAAUACAAACUA